CCCGGCCCCCGCCCCAGGCCCGUCGCCGGCGCCACCAUGGGCAAGAAGCAAAAGAAGCACAAGGCCGAGUGGCGCUCGUCCUAUGAGGAUUAUGCCAAGAAGCCCCUGAAGCUAGUCCUCAAGGUCGGAGGAAGUGAAGUGACUGAACUCUCAGGAUCUGGCCACAACUCCAGUUACUAUGAUAACAGGUCAGACCAUGAGCGAGAGAGGCACAAAGAAAAGAAAAAGAAGUCCAAGAAAGAGAAGCAUCUGAACGAUGAGGAAAGAAGGAAGCGAAAGGAAGAGAAGAAGCGGAAGCGAGAGAGGGAGCACUGUGACACGGAGGGAGAGGCUGACGACUUUGAUCCUGGGAAGAAGGUGGAGGUGGAGCCGCCCCCAGAUCGGCCAGUCCGAGCGUGCCGGACACAGCCAGCCGAAAAUGAGAGCACACCUAUUCAGCAACUCCUGGAACACUUCCUCUGCCAGCUCCAGAGAAAAGAUCCCCAUGGAUUUUUUGCUUUUCCUGUCACGGAUGCAAUUGCUUCUGGAUAUUCAAUGAUAAUAAAACAUCCCAUGGAUUUUGGCACCAUGAAAGACAAAAUUGUAGCUAAUGAAUACAAAUCAGUUAGGGAAUUUAAGGCAGAUUUCAAACUGAUAUGUGAUAAUGCAAUGACAUACAAUAGGCCAGAUACCGUGUACUACAAGUCGGCGAAGAAGAUCCUUCAGGCAGGCUUUAAGAUGAUGAGCAAACAGGCAGCUUUUUUGGGCAAUGAAAAUACAGCUGUUGAGGAACCUGUCCCUGAAGUUGUACCAGUACAAGUAGAAACUGCCAAGAAAUCCAAAAAGCCGAGUAGAGAAGUUAUUAGCUACAUGUUCAAGCCUGAAGGGAAUGCCUGCAGCUUGACGGACAGUACCGCAGAGGAGCACGUGCUGGCGCUGCUGGAGCACGCAGCUGACGAAGCUCGGGACAGGAUCAACCGGUUCCUCCCAGGCGGCAAGAUGGGCUAUCUGAAGAGGAACGGGGACGGGAGUCUGCUCUACAGCGUGGUCAACACAGACGAGCUGGACGCUGAUGAGGAGGAGACCCACCCAGUAGACUUGAGCUCGCUCUCCAGUAAGCUGCUCCCAGGCUUCACCACGCUGGGCUUCAAAGACGAGAGAAGAAACAAAGUCACCUUUCUCUCCAGUGCCACUACUGCGCUUUCGAUGCAGAAUAAUUCAGUAUUUGGCGUCUUGAAGUCGGAGGAGAUGGAGCUGCUCUAUUCAGCCUACACAGAUGAGACAGGCGUGCAGUGUGCGCUGAGCCUGCAGGAGUUUGUGAAGGAUGCUGGGAGCUACAGCAAGAAAGUGGUGGACGACCUCCUGGACCAGAUCACAGGCGGAGACCACUCCAAGACGCUCUUCCAGCUGAAGCAGAGAAGAAAUGUUCCCAUGAAACCUCCAGAUGAAGCCAAGGUUGGGGACACCCUAGGCGACAGCAGUGGCUCUGUUCUGGAGUUCAUGUCGAUGAAGUCGUAUCCCGACCUCUCCGUGGAUAUCUCCAUGCUCAGCUCUCUGGGGAAGGUGAAGAAGGAGCUGGACCCUGACGACAGCCAUUUGAACUUGGAUGAGAUGACCAAGCUCCUGCAGGACCUUCACAAAGCACAGGCGGAGCACGGCGGCUCUCAGCCGUCAUCCAACCUCAGCUCCCUGUCCAACGCCUCCGAGAGGGACCAGCACCACCCGGGAAGCCCUUCUCACCUGAGUGUCGGGGAGCAGCCAGACGUCACCCACGACCCCUGUGAGUUUCCUCAGUCUCCAGAGCCUGCGGCCUCCACCAAGACCAAACUCUAGACCACCUUCAGCUCUUU